GAUGAGCAUUAGUCGUCGUCGUUCCACAGCAGCUGGAAGAAAUUAAUUCAAAUCACAAAUCCAUUAUGAAGUUCCUUGCUAUUUUCGGCCUGAUAUUUGCCCUGCUGGGCCUGACCCUGGCCCUGAAGGAUCCCGAUUGCGGACUUGAUGCUGGAGUCGAUGGAAAUGGUCUGAUCAAGUGCGCUGCGUUUAUGCCAUCAUGGAGCUACCAUGCCGACAGCAAUAGCUGCUCGGAGUUCGUCUAUGGCGGCUGCGGUGGCAACCAAAAUAGGUUUGGCAGCCAAGCGGAAUGCGAGGAAAAGUGCAAGGAAUAACUUCGCUCCUUCCUCAUUUUGACUCUGAUAUGAUUUAUGAUAAAUGAAAUAAAGUGUUUUAUUCAAUUGCAA